AUGGAUAAAAUCCCCCAAAACCUCGAAACGAGCGGACAUAAAUCAAGAUCGACUGGCAAUGUCCUGGAGAAAAUUAAGAAGAGAACCAAUAUUGAACAACCUGUGCCAAUUAAAAACGACGAGUACCCGCCUCUAGAAUGGCCCACCAGAUACAGCAUAGAAGCAACAAAACUGUACUUGACAUCGGGUUGGACUGAACAUUUUAAAUAUUGGCGGUUUAAUAGUCUCUCUAGACUCGAUGCCAACGAUGGAGCAGUCACACAAAUAAGAAUACCAAAAAUCGAGGAGGGUUACAAACUCGAUUAUGAGAUUCAUCCUGAAACUACUGAAGAAGAAACAAACGAGAAGGUUUGUUAUCGGGUUAAGGAUUCAGAUACUGAUCCAGAUGAACUAGAAGAACCUAUAGAUUUUCUCCCAAUAACCAGUAACUUAGAAGAAGUUGGAAAAGAAAAUAUGAAGGGCAUGGAAUGUGUCAAGUUUACUGGAAGUUAUGGUGAAAAUGAGGUGACAAAUGAAGAAUUGUGGGCCUAUUAUAACCAUUCCGCUAAAGCUUGGGUUCCAGUCAGGUACGAAACACGUACGAGCGACACUCGCCAUGGCUAUCUCAAGGACCAUCAGAUCGUCGAUUAUUUCAAAUUUUCCCCCGAAGUUAUUAAAGGAGUAUUCUUCCUAUUCAAAAAUUAUACAUGUAAAGAAAAUGGUAACGAUGACGAUAACGAAAAAUUACCUAAUUCCAAUCAUAUUGAAUCAAUGACAGCAGAAGAAAAAAAAGAAUUUGAUGAAGCUUUUGCUGCAUAUAAGCAGAAAUUUAACAAGCAGUACACCCACCAGGCAGAACACGAAAUGAGAAAAAGUAUAUUUCAUAAAAAAUGGAGAUUGGUUAAGGAGACAAAUCGCAAAAAUUUGAGUUACACGUUAGCGUUGAACAAAAUGUCUGAUCGUACAAAAAAGGAACUGAAACGAUACAAAGGAUUACGCAGAGAUAAACCAAGAUCAGUUGGCAACAUACGAUUCCCAUAUUCACACGAAGAAAUUAAGAAAAUAUCGGAAACGUUGCCAUCGCACUACGAUUUAAGGCUUGAAGGAGUCGUUGGUCCGGUUCUAGAUCAAGAUAGUUGCGGCUCAUGUUGGACUUUUGGCACGACCGCUGCUGUCGAAGGAGCCUUGGCAAGGAGCAAUGGUGGCAUGCUGAUAUCGCUAAGUAAUCAGGCUCUUUUGGAUUGUUCUUGGGGAAUGGGAAAUUCUGGCUGUGAUGGUGGAGAUGAUAUUUCUGCCUAUAAAUGGAUAAUGAAGCAUGGCUUGCCUACGGUAGCGGAAUAUGGACCAUAUAGCAAACAGGACGGGUAUUGUAACAUCCAAAACAUGACAACCACUUACAAAAUUCGUGGUUGGACUGAUGUGACUCCAUUAAGUGAACAAGCUCUGAAGAUUGCACUUAUAAAUCACGGGCCUUUGUCGGUUUCCCUUGACGCUGAAGAUGCUUUCAUGCAUUACGAUGGAGGAAUUUUAUACGACACUAAGUGUAAAUCCUCAGCAGAUGAUCUGAACCAUGAAGUGACCUUGGUUGGUUACGGAGAAAAAGACGGUGAAUCAUACUGGAUCAUCAGGAACUCGUAUGGACAGUAUUGGGGCAUCGACGGAUAUGUUUACAUUUCAACGCGAAACAACAACUGUGGGGUUAUGACAGAACCCACUUAUGUCGUUGUUGAGUAAA